AGCCAGUAUCCACUGAUAACCUGUCUGUCCCUUUCCUAGUUCAUUCAUGAAGAAAAAUAAAGGAGUUAGGGUUGAAAUGUCUGAAUUAGCCACUAGAGGUCACAACUGCACUGUGGUUCAGUCUUACAUCAUUAUUACUACUGUAAAGCUCUGAAGAGGCCUUUAUAGAUGUUAUGAGACUUCAUGUAUAAAUAAGUACAGGCUAUACUUUUCUUUAGGGGGUGGGUGUAGUCAAGUCAACAGCAAAUAAAUAAUAAAAAAGCAGUUGUAAUGUCAUAGUCAAAAUGUUGCUAAUCGAGAAAUUUAGUUUGAAAUUUGAUUUUACGUGCAUCUGCCCAGUCCUGAUUGAAGUGAUGAACUAUUAACCAUCAUUUUCUGCUAAAUUGUGUCCUGUGGUUGUCCCUGGGUAACAUGGGUUAAAUAUUGGUUAUCUAGGUAUUAGGGCUGAUCUGUAAAAAUUACAGUCCUGCUUAUAUUCAUACUCAUGUUUACAUGUUUAAUAGUAGUAUGAUCACUUUUUAGUGUAAUUUGGAAUUGCCAAGCCCAAGUGACAUAACACUGCUUUACAAACAUUGAAAUAUUUUUGUUGUUGAGCGUUUAUAUUAACACCACCAAGUGACAUGGUGCACUAAUUAGGAAAGAGUUCAGCUCACAUUCAGUGCAUAACUUCAGUACUUGCGCCAACUUCAGAGAAGUUUUACCCCUAUUGCUAUUAGAGGCGGGCUACACCCUGGCCAGAUCGACCAGUCCAUCACAGAGCUGAUGAGAGAACUGCUUUUCUGUUGUUAUUAUUUAAAUGAGGCUAGAUGUAGCUUCUUAAGAAAAAUUUCCUUUCACCUCAUCAUUAUAUUUGACCCCACAUGGGCUGGGCUUGUGCACGCAUCACAUAUUCCACUGGCCAACUGACACAACAUGUCCAAUCAAAUACCACACAGUGGACACACAAUGGAGGCGAAGACUAAGAACAGAACUGAAGCUCGGUGGGUGCAGAGUCCACCUGCCUCAGGUGCAACAAAGCAAGAUAAAUGUAAUGUAGCUUAGCUACACAGGCCUACUGUGUAAGAGGCGUCUCAAAUAACCAUCUAACCUGGUUAAUGUUAGCUUAAGUGUGGAGGUUAAGGUUCAGAGAGAGCUAUUUUCUAAAGAAUGAAUUUGUCUUAGUUGUUACGUCUUAAAAAUCUUAUUCUUGUUCCCCCAUUCUGUCUCUGAACACUGGAUAAUGUCUGACAUUGGUAUUUCUGUCUAGGCUUCUUUUCUUAUGUAUAAAUGAAUUAACUCUCCAAUUGUUUUUCAGACUAAAGGGGACUCUUUAUAUCAUUGGUAAAUACAUGAAAAAUCCCAUAACCUUCCAUUUCAGGCUCUUAAUCUAGAGUAAGAAGAAUAAACUAUUAAUCUACAUGCUUAUCAAGUACUACAGCUCUGUAUCUUAGCAACCCGUUACACGUUAUUUUUACAAAUGUAGCGUGAUAAUUACUCCAACCAAAAACAUAAUCCGGCACAGAUCACACUCUUGAAAUAUCAGAUUUGAAUUGUCGUUCCCUUCUCACGCCAGUAAGCAUCAGUGAUUUGGUCUCAAACGAGAAAAUAACAAUGUUUAUUUGUGGGUGUGACGACACAGAAGUAAAAUAAGAAAUUAGGCAGCAAAUAAAUUGAUGCUCACGAGGACUAACCGUUGUGGGUGACUUACUAAAAACUAUUUUUUAUCUAAGCAGUGUACGUUACAGGUGAGUAACGGGUCCAGUCUGUCUGCACGGCCGCCGGCUCGCUCAAUCCACAUGGGAUAGAUAUUUUCCUUGCAGACGCGGAACGCAGAACGCGCGACGCAGCGGUAGCGAGCUUUGUUCGACUCGAGCACGUGCAGAGGUCUCGUGAACUCCGCCGGGAUUAGCAAUUAGAGUCCAGGUGUGGCUGUUUCACGACACCGCGAAUUGGAGCCCGUGGUAAUUGUAUUUUUCUUUUUGCUUGUCCUGUCUGCGCGCAACAUCUUUGGUCAGUGUGUAAUUUGGCGCAACUGGACCUGCAGCCCUGCAAGGAGUCUCCCUCCCUCUCCGUCUCUGGGUCUCUCCCUAGUUGAAAGCCUGCACUUCUCGCCCAGGUGUGACAUUCUCGGAGUGCCUCACUGGAACCGCAACCUGCCGAGAAGAUGACGGACUCCACACCGCCAGACCCGACCGCCGUCCCGCACCCGGCUGUAGUUGUGGACCCCGCGGUGGUGAACGGGCAGUGCGAACAGGCGGACCCCCAACAACAACAGCAGCAGCAGCAGCAGCCCAACACAGAAAGUCAGGGAGAGGGUUUCAAGAUGGACCAGGAGAUGAAGAUAACAGACAGCAUAGAUGACCGAGGCCUUCUGGAGAGCAGCAUGCGACUGAAACCUCAUGAAGCACAGAGUUACCGCAAGAAAGCCCUGUGGGUGUCCUGGGUGUCCAUUGUGGUCACCAUCGUCCUGGCCAUCGCUGCUUUCACUGUUUCCAUCAUGCGGCACAGUGCUUCAGCUUUUGGAUUUGCUUUUGAUGCCACACUGGAUGUGCUGUCCUCUGUCAUUGUGUUGUGGCGGUACAGCAACGCAGCAGCUGUUCACUCUGCACACCGCGAAUACAUAGCAUGCAUUAUCCUGGGUGUGAUUUUCAUCCUGUCCUCCAUUUGCAUUAUGGGUAAAGCCAUCCAUGACCUGGCUACCAAGCUGCUACCUGAAGUGGACGACUUCCUUUUCAGCGUGUCCAUCGUCAGCGGCUUGGUGUGCAUCAUUCUGGCUGUGAUCAAGUUCAUGCUUGGGAAAGUGCUCACAAGCCGAGCCCUUAUCACUGAUGGAUUUAACUCACUGGUGGGGGGAAUCAUGGGGUUCUCCAUCCUCAUCAGUGCUGAAGUGUUUAAGCAUGAGCCCAAGGUGUGGUAUCUGGAUGGGACAAUAGGUGUCCUCAUAGGCCUCAUCAUCCUCGCCUAUGGGGUCAAGCUGCUGCUGGACAUGGUCCCGCGGAUCCGGCAAACCAGGAACUACGAGCGUUUUGAGUGACGAGACCGCAGAGGAAAAGAGGGAGAAGCGGGGUGGGAGGGUUUGGGAGGGAUGGAGGUGGGGGGUAGGAGUAGGCUGAGCACAGUUCCUCCACAGACAAUCACACUCAGCCCUCGAGGUGCCAGCGGAGGCUUUGGCUCACAGACUUGACCUGAGGGUCCAGGCGGAUUAAACUCUCGGCACCUUUUAAGUGUUUUACAGUUUGCUGUACAUAUAAUAUGUUUAUCUGUCUUUUACCAGUGAGUGGGGCCAUCUGUUCUUUCAUGCCUCCGUAUUAAAACAUGAGAUGAGCUCAGACUGCAGCGGACUGGAGACUUAUGGACCCCAAGAGGCCAUAACUCCAUAAAAGCAACAGAUUUUUGUACAGCAAGUUGAUGUACAAUACCUCAUCGUCCUGUCAAAACACAGCAGUUUAUUUUUCCCAUGGUUCCUAGAGGCCUUUGCUCAGCUGUGCUAUGAAAUAUUGCAGAUCGCAGGUUGAAAGUGAUUGAUGUAGCUGAUGUAGCAGUGGAGUAUUAAUGGUGUUUUACCUUUUUUAUGACUAGGAGAGGAUGUAUCAAUACAAGGCCCAUUUGGCAUCAGGAACAGGUACAUAAGCGCACACUCUGUAUCUCUGCUGUGUCAGGCUCAGUGACGUGAUUUGCUGUUUACAAUAGACUUGUGGUGGGAGCAGGAGAGACUAGAGUGGCCACAGCUUAAUGAGAGGUGGAGGAUAACAAUUGUCAUUUUUCAUGUCAUGACCUGACUCUACCUCCACUUUGCUGUUAGAAAGGAAAAAUAGCCCAAAUUAGCUCAGUUUAUGUUUGUGACGUUGAAGUGAAACUCAACAUUAUCAUUUGAUUCAUAUACUUGCGCUUUGUAUUCACCAUCUUCGGCUGCUCUGGUACGUCACACAUCCAUCCACACCUUGUUUUAAUAUCCAGUUGUUUAUUUUAGUGAAGCUUAAUCCAAUAAGUUCUGUUUGAUGAGUUGAGCUCUUGUCACAGCAGGUGAUCCAGUUUGUGACAAAAGGGUGUUUGUCUUUACAUUAAGAGUUCUGGCCUUCGUGAGAACUUAGUCUCAUCGUGUCUGGAUUUGAUUAUUGGUUUGUCCACUUCAACCAGUUUGGUCUGCAGCCAUCACAGGUAUAUCUGUAUUUAGACUGAGAGUGGUGAGGUAGUUACUGGAAUCAGAUUAAACUCAGAGCUGUGUGCAAAUGUACAAGACUUCACCUUUUUCAUUUCAUCUUCUUGCUCAUCAAGUGCAUCAGACAACAUUUAGUCUGACUGUGGUAAGUAAUAUUUCAAUAUACUGUGAAGGAUUCCACUUUCCAGCAAUUUCAGUGCUGCUGUUAUUGAUAAGGUGCAGGCCUGUGCAGGUGUCCUCUCUUAUCUGGAGCUUCUGUUUGUUUUGGAGUUGAUGGUAACUCCUUAUUUUUCUGGCUAAUGAAGUAUGUUGACAUAAAGUGAAGUGAUAAUAAUGAAACAACCAAAAUGACCCGUUUAUUUGAAACACAAAUGUAUGAAAAAAACAGUAUCGUUUUGUAUUUUUAUCAUGACUGAGUCAAACAGUGACCAGGGGUCUUACUUAAUAGUUAUACUAAUUAUGACCUAAUAAGUCAAAGUUUGGAUGUAUUUUUAUUGUGACUUUUUGUUGUUUUUCAUGUUUGUUUGUUUUUUUUUUUUUGGCUAAUAUCACUUGCAGAUUUCAUAGAGACAAAGGCUUUGGCCCUCCAUAUUGGGUUUUUCUGCCUGUGUGCAGGCUGUUUUAUUAUUCUAAAUAGUUCAUAAUACUCAUUUUUAACUCCAAAGCCUUAAUCUCGCUGAUCAGUGUGUGGAACAUGAAUGUAAUUAUCAGGUGGAGAUUCAGCUGUUUGACUAUAGAGACAGAUUAGGAUGUUGUCAUUUUUUCUAAGUACUCAUACAUUUUGCUGAAGUCUGUGCUUUGCUGCAGUAACUAUAACUGAAUGUACGAACUGUGCUGUGAGACUAGUUUAUAUGACACACAAAUAUGUGACAAUGUUGUUUGGAUUUGAUCAUAUUUAAGGUUUUGUACAACUUUAUGAAAUAUACACACAAAUUAGACACACAUAGACACACUGUGGGAUUGGAGCUGCUCCUUGGCUCCUGCUAACUGUACUAUUCUGUGCAGGUGUAAAUACUGAAUCUGUAUUGCUGUGAUGUGAAACAAGUGUAAAACCAGAGUCAGAGCCUUUUGUCACAGAAAAAAGGUUUAUUUAAAAAUAAAGUUAUAUAAGGACUGUGAAAACAAACAAAAAAGUGUUGUCAUUGCAUUAUUCACCUGCACU